ACACCUCUACCCCUUAAUUCAGACAGUCUCCUAUAAAUGCCACUUCCUUCAUCAGGACACGCAUAUGCCUUCACCAAUAAAGCCAACGUGGACUCGCUGAAUGCAUAUUCAUGAAUCAUGUCGCAGUGCAAUACUGAGACUUUGAUAGCACGUCUGCUUUUAAAACCUAGGGAUAGGCGUUGCUGGAAGCAUCCCAACUAUACACAACCACAGCCAGGUGAGUCGGAAAAAGAGUUUAAGAUAACUGAAGUGGAUGUUCUGUUCCGAUACAUUUGCACCCGCCACAGUUGGGGACGCCCCACCUUGCUGGGGCCAGCAAUUUCCUUGGCGCGUGAUUGGUCCACCUGGACAACCUUCACCGGGUCGAUCACGACAUCUCUGGAGGUGAAGCAAUUGUGUUGUUUCACCUCUAUCGACGUCGUGUUGCUUCCUUCAGCUUCACUCCUCCUUCUCCCCAUCUCCAUUGAUGCUAAUUAGCCCUGUUCUGCAUUCUUCAUUGUCCGUCCCCAUAUCUUGCUG